AUGAGCCUCAGUUCGUCAGCCGUGGACAGUGAUUCCAUCACAGCCGAAGCAACACUCUACACCGGCAAAGUCGAGUCUGAUGGAGAGACAGCAACCGCCUCCCGCAGCAAGACGACAUGGCACAUGGCACCCGAGCUUGAAUCGAUACGAAACCGAGAUGAGCAAGGUGGCGAAAAGCCCAGGAAACUCGGCGUGGCCUGGCAUAACCUCACUGUCAAAGGCAUCAGCAGCGACGCCACGUUUAACGAGAAUGUCCUCUCCCAGUUUUAUCCCUUUCACAAGGGCAACAAGGGAGCCCUCACGAAGAAGAUCAUCGACAACUCGUAUGGGUGUGUCAAGCCCGGAGAGAUGUUGCUUGUUCUUGGACGCCCUGGAUCAGGCUGCACAACGUUGCUGAGCGUGCUCGCAAACCAUAGGCUCGGCUAUGAAGAGGUCACCGGAGACGUCACUUUCGGUAACUUGUCCGCAGAUGAAGCAAAACCAUAUCGCGGCCAGAUCAUCAUGAACACCGAGGAGGAAAUCUUCUUCCCGACCCUGACCGUGGAGGAAACCAUCGACUUCGCCGCCCGCAUGAAAGCCCCCCAUCACCUGCCCCCGGGAAUCAAGACACACGAGGAAUACGCCCAGUCCUACAAGGACUUCCUCCUCCGCUCGGUUGGCAUCUCCCACGCGGCCCAUACCAAGGUGGGAGACGCCUUUAUCAGGGGUGUCUCUGGAGGAGAGAGGAAGCGAGUGUCCAUUCUGGAAUGCCUGACGACGCGCGCAAGUGUCUUCUGCUGGGACAACUCGACCAGAGGCCUCGACGCCAGCACCGCUCUGGAGUGGCUCAAGGCAAUCAGAGUCAUGACAGACGUGCUCGGCCUCACCACCAUCGUCACGCUCUACCAGGCGGGCAACGGCAUCUACGAGCACUUUGACAAGGUGCUCGUGCUUGACGAGGGCAAGCAGAUCUUCUACGGGCCUCAACGCGAGGCUGUGCCGUUUAUGGAGGGCCUCGGGUUCAUGCGAGACCCCGGCUCCAACCGCGCAGAUUUCCUGACGGGCGUGACAGUUCCCACCGAGCGUCUCAUUGCCCCUGGAAAUGAAGAUACGUUCCCGCGGACUGCCGAUGAAAUUCUUGCGGCAUACGACCAAUCUCUGAUCAAGCGGAGCAUGCUAGACGAAUGCCAAAGUUACCCGGUGAGCGAGGAAGCGGCGGAGAAUACGGCCGUCUUUAUAGAAAUGGUGGCUCGCGAGAAGCACAAGGGCGUGCCCAAUAGAUCGCCCGUUACUGCCAACUUCCUGACUCAAGUCAAGAAGGCCGUCAUCAGGCAGUAUCAGAUCAUGUGGGGAGACAAGUCAACGCUGUUCAUGAAGCAAGGCGCAACGGGCGGUGCUCUGUUCUUCUCCAUCCUGUACAACGCUCUGAUUGCUCUUUCGGAAGUGACAGACUCGUUUACUGGCAGACCCGUUCUAGCCAAGCACCGCGCCUUCGCCUUGUAUGACCCAGCUGCUAUCUGCAUUGCCCAAGUCGCUGCAGACUUGCCCAUUCUCCUAUUCCAAGUUACACACUUUGGCCUCGUUCUCUACUUCAUGGUCGGCCUGAAGACGACCGCAGCAGCCUUCUUUACCUAUCUGGCCACCAACUUCAUAACGGCCUUGUCCAUGACGGCUCUCUACCGACUCAUCGGUGCCGCGUUCCCUACCUUUGAUGCCGCGACCAAGGUCUCUGGUCUCUCAACCGUUGCCUUGUUUGUCUAUAUGGGCUACAUGAUCAUCAAGCCCGAGAUGCAUCCGUGGUUUGGUUGGAUCUUCUGGGUCAACCCCAUGGCCUACGGCUUCGAAGCUCUUCUCGGAAACGAAUUCCAUGGCCAGAAGAUUCCCUGUGUUGGCCCAAAUCUUGUUCCCAACGGUCUUGGCUACGCUGACGGAAUUGGCGGGCAAUCGUGUGCUGGCGUUGGCGGCGCAUUGCCCGGUGCCACGAGCCUCACGGGAGACGACUAUCUCGCGCACAUGUCCUUCAGUCACGGCCACAUCUGGCGCAACUUUGGCAUCAACUGCGCGUGGUGGGUUCUGUUUGUUGCCCUCACCAUCUUCUUCACCUCCCGGUGGAAGCAGCUGGGAGAAGGGGGCCGUAAUCUCCUUGUUCCUCGAGAGCAACACCACAAGUCGAAGCAUCUGUUUGCAUCCCGAGACGACGAAGAGCGGGCUACUGAGAAGCCCCCGGCCAAGGCUGGGACCGCUACGCCAGACAGCAGCCUCGGCAACGAUCUCCUACGCAACCGAAGCAUCUUGACCUGGAAGAACUUGACGUAUACUGUCAAAACCGCCGACGAUGACCUCGUCCUCCUUGAUAAUGUACAGGGCUACGUCAAACCCGGUAUGCUCGGCGCGUUGAUGGGAUCAUCUGGUGCCGGCAAGACAACACUUCUUGACGUGCUCGCACAACGGAAAACCGAAGGCACCAUUCACGGAUCCGUCUUGGUCGAUGGACGUCCUAUUCCUAUUUCUUUUCAACGCUCGGCCGGUUAUGUCGAACAGCUGGAUAUCCACGAGCCUUUGGCGACUGUACGCGAGGCCCUCGAAUUCUCAGCCCUCUUGCGCCAGUCUCGCGACACAUCCGCCGAAGAAAAGCUACGAUAUGUAGACACCAUUGUUGGCCUCCUGGAACUUAAUGACCUCGAGCAUACUCUCGUGGGUCGUCCAGGUGCUGGCCUCUCAGUUGAGCAACGCAAGCGGCUUACUAUUGCUGUAGAAUUAGUAGCGAAACCGGAGAUUCUCAUCUUUCUCGAUGAACCUACAUCCGGACUUGAUGGCCAGGCCGCUUACAACACCGUACGCUUCCUCCGGAAACUUGCAGAUGCCGGACAAGCUGUCUUGGUCACCAUCCAUCAGCCUUCGGCACAGCUUUUUGCGCAGUUUGAUACUCUCUUGUUGCUCGCAAAAGGCGGAAAGACUGUAUACUUUGGUGAUAUUGGUCAGAAUGCAAACACAAUCAAGGAGUAUUUUGGUCGUCAUGGAGCUCCUUGUCCCCCUGAAGCAAAUCCUGCUGAGCACAUGAUUGAUGUGGUAUCAGGGAACGGGCACCUAGCUUGGAAUCAAGAUUGGAAUCAGAUCUGGCUGCAAUCACCCGAACACGACCAGCUCUCCAAAGACCUGGAUCGGAUUGUCGCAGAAGCUGCCACCCGGCCUUCAGGGGGUAGCGAUGACGGACACGAGUUUGCGGCUUCCAUGUGGACGCAGGUCAAGCAAGUAACCCAUCGCAUGAACAUGUCGCUCUUCCGGAACACCGACUACGUGGAUAACAAGGUCGCCAUGCACAUCAGCCUGGCGCUCUUGAACGGCUUCACCUUUUGGAUGAUUGGCGAUAGCCUGACAGAUCUUCAGCAGAACCUUUUUACCGUUUUCAACUUCAUUUUUGUUGCGCCGGGCGUCAUUUCUCAGCUGCAGCCUCUCUUCAUCAACCGCCGCGAUAUCUAUGAAGCACGAGAGAAGAAGAGCAAGAUGUAUCACUGGGCCCCCUUUGUGGCCGGUCUCAUCGUCUCGGAAAUUCCGUACUUGCUUGUCUGCGCAUUGCUAUAUUACGUCUGCUGGUACUUUACUUGUGGCCUUCCUACCGCACCAGAACACGCUGGCAGUGUCUUCUUCGUCGUCGUCAUGUACGAAUGUCUUUACACUGGCAUUGGACAAAUGAUUGCCGCGUAUACCCCCAACGCCGUCUUCGCAUCUCUUGUCAACCCGCUAGUCAUUACAACCCUGGUCUCAUUCUGUGGUGUCAUGACGCCCUACAGCCAAAUUCAGCCGUUCUGGAGAUACUGGAUUUACUACCUUGAUCCUUUCAACUACCUCAUGAGUUCUUUGCUCAUCUUUACUUCCUGGGACAAGCCAGUCCGCUGCAGGUCCGGUGAACUUGCUGUAUUUGACCCGGCCCCUAACCAGACCUGCCAAGAAUACCUUUCUGUCUACCAGCAGGGCAUAGGCGCGGCUACAAACCUCCUGAACCCAGAAGACACCGACGCUUGCCGUGUGUGUCAAUAUACCCAGGGUGGCGAUUACCUCCGGACCCUUAACCUCAAUGAGAAGACUUAUGGGUGGAGAAAUGCCGGCAUUGUUGUUGUCUUUGUGGUUGGUAUUUACGGGCUUGUGUUUUUGAUGAUGAAACUCAGGACCAAGGCGACGAAAAAGGCCGAGUCUUAG